AUGAGAUGGAAACUCAUUGCCAGAGUAACCACACUCCCGAAGUCUUUAGAUAUCGACUGGAAAACCCCACAAGCUAUCGAUAGCGACAGUAUUCCCAGUGAAACUUUAGACUUGAUAGAUAAAAGUAGUUGUUACGCAGCGAUAUUUGUAUUCCAGGAGGAUAAGGAGUAUUUUUGUCUCGAAAAAUAUGGCAAACGGUGGUGGGUGAGAUGGAGGAUACUACAACUGAUCGAAUCUGACUUACAGAGUACAUAUAACCGGUCUUCUUCUAGUAAAUCAAAUAAAUUAGGUUCUGAUACAAAUUGGUCGCAACUAGAUCUUAUGGAACUGCUACCGUAUUGGUGUUUCCAACGAAUUUUGCAACCAACAAAUGGAAAUAAACGUAGUCUUCAACUGAAUAUGACACCACCAAAUGUUAAUAUUACAUCACAGAAACAAAAUAAUCAUGCAAAUGCAGAGAAUGAUAAUACUAAUAGGGACCCUAAGGACUACCUUGUCUCAAGAUAUAAUGAAUUAUUGUUUUCUCCCGAUAUAGCAUUAGCAUACUUUGUUAAGUCAACUUUGGUAAGGUUUUAUAAUAUGUGCAAAUCCACCGCGGAAGCUAAAGAUUUAAAAUUAUUAUAUAAGAGUACAUUGGAGUUAUUAGUGAUGAAUAUCGUGGAUUUUGAUAAGAGACAUUUGAAACAAAAUUUGUUGACGAUGGAUAAAGCAUUGGCUGUUGGGCCACACAAUUUUACAAAAGCAAGGCAUCAUUGCCUUAACAAAUAUCACAUACACAUAGCUGAUGAUGGAUCUAUAACGAAUCCUAGAAUAAAUGAUUUAGAGAUCGUAUUGAAAGCUCGAGAAAUCAAAUUACAAAUAAUAUUAUUGUUAGAGUUAAUUAAUCAGUUCCAUUUAGAUAAAAACUUCCAAAAUUUUCAGGAAAAGUAUAAACCACAAUUAAAACAUAGAUCAUUGAAUGUUACUCGAAGGGGUCGAACGCGAAUAAGAACAAUAGAGAAACAGAAUACAAAUACUGUUAUUGAUUAUUGCGAAUUGCUAGACCUAUACUUGGAUAAAUUAUCAAUUUUAGAGAUGUUACUUGAAACAAGUGUUACCAUAAGUCCCACCGAUGGUGAAAGUGACACUUUGACUGAUUAUAGAAAGAGCAUAUUAAAUAAAACAAAGGAGUCAUCGUCGACUGGGUUCACAAGGUACAUUUUAAUACCAUAUUUUAGUAAAAAAUUGCCGAACACGGUUAGAUUUAUUAUGCGAAAGAUUAAAGGUCCGAAUCUAAAAUCCAUAAGUUCAACGAUAUCAAAGAAUGAAAAUAAGACAAAAGAUACUGUUCAGCAAUUGUAUGAAAUGGACUCAAGACCAGGUUCGGCUCCUGAAAGUAUUGUAUCAACACCAUCGUCUCUAAAAAGUGCAGGCUCGUAUAAAAGACCAAGUCUUUCUAGGAGACCAAGUUUUAGUAGUCAACAGAAUUUAUCCCUGUCACCUGAGCUUUUAGAAUCUAGAACAAAUUCCAACCUAAGUGAAUUUUUGGAGGCAGAAGCGAAAGCACUGAGAAAGUUACCAUCAUCAUUAUCAAGAACAUCAUCUGAUUUGAUGAUAAAUAAACUACAACGGAGGCAAUUUAAGGCUGAAGAACUGUCUACCAAGAAAGACAUUGCAGCUUUUGCUUCUAGGUCUAAGACAAUGACAAAUUUUACCCAAGCUUCUGAAAAUCAAGGAUCCGCUGUAAAUGCAUCCCCUAAAUCUUUCCGUAGAGUUGGUAAACGAACACGUUCAAGCUUAGGUGAUUUAUCGUCAGCAACUAUGGAUAAUAAUCAGCUCCAGAAUGAAACAUCUAUACAAGUUAUGGCUACGCCUAUGGGGAAGAGAGUUAAAACUACAAUAUCGAGGGAGGUUGAUAUGGGUCUCAUAGUUGAAUCUCCGACAGUAGCAACUCAUCCAAUUCAAAAUUCUAAGAGCAGUGUGGUCUCACCUUUAUCAAGCAUUAAUGAUAAGGUGAUACGUACACCACCUAUAAACCAACGGCUAUCCCAAGCGCCAGUACUGGACCAAGUUAUCGAGUCGACACCAAUGGAUAAGCCGACUCAAAAGCAGAAUGAGAACCAACCCACAUUACUUCCCGUAAAGAAGAAAGUUAGAAGAAGGUUAUUUGGACCAUGA